AUGGAUCUCCUAGCGCUUUCAUCAAACCCAUUGUGGUCUAACAUUGCCCAUGCGCUAGCACUUUAUCUAGCUUUUACUGUGCCAACUGCCUUUUUCAUCAUAACGACUCAAAAGUCAUCCUCUGUUCGACGGGCCUGGGCGCCAUGUGUUCUUUACAUUCUGUAUCGAUUCUCCCUUUGCGUACCCUCUCUGACCACGAGUCAAUUCCUGAAAGGCGUGGCGGCGGGCCAAGCAACCGUGGCUGCUCUGCAAUGCCUCAAUCUACUCCUGAUCACAAAUCUAGAUGAGACCGAGCUGGUACGGGCAGGAUUGUACAGUCCGUCUGCAGGUCUGCUUGCUCGCCUUCUUCAUGCCUGGGCAUUGUUGCUCAACUUCCGAGGAAUCGGCACGGUCUGGGAGGUCAAGAAUAUACCCGAACACGCAGCUUAUCUCCAGCCAAACGGCAAGGAGCAACGGCUGAGCUGGAAGCGGUACGUCCUACGGGAAAGUGCCAUUAUCAUAUGGCAGUACCUGCUGCUUGAUUUCAUCUACAUGUCGACAAAGGACACUUCCCCGGAGGACUUGGCGCGCCUCUUCGGCCCCGGCUUGGAAUUCAAGUAUUUCGACGCAACGUUCGAACAGUGGAUGGGGCGCGUCUCCGUGGGGAUCUUCUCGUGGCUUGUGCCUUCCCGCGUCUGUCUCAACAUCAUUUCCCGCAUCUACUUCCUGAUCUUGGUGGUCUUGGGCAUUUCUUCGCCGGAGUCUUGUCGCCCGGGCUUCGGCAGAGUGCGGGAUGCAUGCACCAUCCGUGGCUUCUGGGGCAAAUUCUGGCACCAAUCCUUCCGUUGGCCUCUUACCUCGGUGAGUAACUAUAUCGCAAGGGAUGUCCUCCGUCUUCCCCGUCCCUCGCUUUUAGAGCGCUACACCAACAUCUUCUUCACCUUUUUGACAUCCGGUGUGUUACACCUGGCCUGUGAUGCUAUCUUGGGCGUCCCGCCAUCGGCGUCCGGGGCCAUGAAGUUCUUCUGCUCAUUUCCGCUGGCUAUCAUGAUCGAGGACGGGGUUCAGGAAGUUUGGCGCCAAGCGACGGGGCAGAGUCAGGGCGGUAAUCGAGUGCCCCUCUGGCAGAGGCUCGUGGGGUUUCUUUGGGUGGGUAUCUGGAUGUGUGUGACGUCGCCCUGGUACUUGUACCCGGCUGCGCGUCAACAGCCGGACAAGAACUGGAUGGUACCGGUCAGCGUGGUGGAGGAGAUUGGCCUAGGGGCGGUGCAGAAGAUCCUGCUGGUUUAUGGGGUGUUCCUGUACUGGGCGAUUGGUGGGGAGAUUUAA